CGGGAGAACAAUGUUUUGGCUCUAGCUUUCUACAGAAAAAAAAACCGGACGGCUGAGGACGGAACAACACAAGCCACAAACAAAACACAAAAGACAAAACAAAACACAGCGGGUCAUGGUCGUGGACCGGAUGACACUGAUUGGUACCCCAUAGUUUUCCUGCCCGCCGGCAUUCACCAUGAGCAUCAUUCAAGACAAACUAGGCAAUGAAUUCCUGCGCUCCAACGGGAGCAUGGACUCCAACUUCGGCCCUGGCAUGAUAAUGUUCAGCCACCUUCCCCCGGUGACCAGCUUCACCCGGCUGGCCGCCCAGUCUGUCAUGCAGGACCUUGCGCCGCAAGAAAUGAUCCUGAAGAAGGAGCGUGACUCGCCUGACUGCAGCAUGGGCACUCAGGGUGGCAACUUGGGGUGCGCCGGGGUUGGAGACUAUAUUCAUGCCAUGGGUAUCAAGCAGGAGAAACUGUCAGAGCAUGAUUAUCGCCUGCCGCUGUACCCAGGAGGGCCGGGCAAGAGCACAGAGCUGCUGGAGGUGACGCUCAGUAACAACCAGGGCCUGCUUGUGCAUGACCUCAACAUGGGCAACCUGCCGAGUCAGGAGCCCACUGGGAGAAAAGGUCGAAGGUCAAACGGUGAUGGACAGGAGGGUAGACCAAGAAAGAAGCGAAGUGAGGCAAAGCAAUCAAUGAUGCUGGAUGCAGAUGGAGGCAACCUCUCCCCAGGACACAAGCCUCACAUCUGUGAACAUUGCACUGCAUCCUUCAGAAGCUCCUAUCACCUACGCAGACACGUCCUCAUACACACAGGGGAACGACCUUUCAGAUGCAGUCAGUGCAACAUGAGUUUCAUUCAGAAGUACCUUCUGCAGCGACACGAGAAAAUCCACAGUGGAGAGAAGCCAUUCAGCUGCGACCAGUGUAACAUGCGAUUCAUUCAAAAGUACCACAUGGAGAGGCACAAGAGGACGCACAGUGGAGAAAAGCCGUACAGAUGUGAGACCUGCCAACAGUAUUUUUCUAGGACAGACCGAUUGCUUAAGCACAAGCGAACCUGUGGAGAAGCCAUAAAGAAGGGGCUGGAUCCCGGGAUGAUGGACCUGGGUUGUGUAGACAUGGGACAUGGCAGCUAUGGAAUCACUCAGGGAAAUGCAGGGAAUAAUGGGAGAAAGAGGGGAAGGUCCAAAAAUUCUGGAGAGGGAGGGGAGCGCAAGAAGAAGAAGCAGCAGCAGCAGCAGCAGCAGCAGCAGGGGGAUGCAGGAGGAGCAGCAGGAGGAGCAGCAGGGAUGAGGAUACCGCACAUUCAUGAUGCUGUAUCUGGAGGCUACAGCAUCCACGAAUACUCUGUGGAGAAUCAAACAGUGUCCUCCUCUACUGAGCCAGGACCCAGCAUGCAGCACGGCCACCAUGGCCGAGCUCCAAAGAUGGCUUUCAAGAAGGCCAAUCGCAAGAGUCUUGAUAAAGUGGGCCUGGGGCAGGCCAAAGCAGGCCCGAUGGAGCAGAGCGGUGGAAUGGAUGGUCUUGGCCUCAUGCAGGGUAAUGGGGCUAAGGUGGGACCCACCAACAGCAGCAACUACGAUGACGCCAUGCAGUUUCUCAAGAAGAGACGUUACCUUCAUGCAGCAAACAAUGCACACUCGUCAGGGCCCGCCGUGGCUGGAGGUACCAACAAUGAAUAUGAUGUCAGUGUCGGUCACUUGUCUUCCCACCCGUCUGUUAUUCAGGGUGUCGUUUCCAGCGUGUUGGACAAUGACGCGCCUCUAAAUCUCGACAAGUCGGGGAUCCCCGACGAGGUGCUGCAGAGCCUUCUCGACCACUACACCCAGAAACCAGACGGCUCACACCACGACGUUCACUUUGACAUCAGUGACCAUCACGUGGAGAUGCACCAUCACUCAGCCGACGGUCACGACAUCGGCCACAACACCGACAUCCCCAGCCCGUCUGGAGACAAGACUGUCAUGAUGCACGAAUACUCCCGCUUCCUGCUGCAGGCCCUGGAGCGCACAAGCCACAGUGCUAGCUUCCCUCUUGGUCCUGGGCCUCCUGCGUCUGGACCGUUCACCAGUUCCCAUCCGGGCAACCCGCUCUACUCUGACAAAAACAUCUACACUACUUCCCCACUGGAGUGUGGCUUCGGCCAUUCAGCGGCCUCGCCUUCGCUGCCCUCCUCUGUGCCAAAGUCUCACUUUGCGAUGCUGACGGGCUCCUCACCACAGCACAGCUUCCACCUGAGCAGCCUGGAGGCCUCCACACACCAGCAGCUCACCCCUUCUCAGGAGCUCACCGACCAGAUGGAGAAGCAGCACUCCUCCACUCCCCCUUCCUCUUACCAGAUCAGCCCAUCUGACCUGAGCAGCCAGAAGGACCAACCGCCUGUCAAGAACGGCACGGCGGUCUACCCUCUAACCCCCUCGCACGAUCUGGCCCCUCUCGACUCUUCCAAGCCUUCCUACCAGAUAGAAAACUUUGCUCAGGCGUUUGGCUCCCAGUUCAAGUCAGACGGCCGCGGCUUGUCUUACAGCACUGACUCUAGCGGGGAGGUGGAUCACCACAGGAUAAGGACGCCUGUGUCUGAAUUCUCAGGGUAUAGUAGUUUGUUAUCUGAUGUCAAUGAGCCAGUAAGUACAGGUUCCAAAACUCCAACAAGCCAAAGCUACAGAUGAGAGCCUGAGAGGGAGAGAACACUGUCAUUAAAGUUGAUGUUCUUAUGUUAAUAAUUAUUUAGUGCUCCUAUUUUAUUAUUAUUAUUAUUAUUAUUAUUAUUAUUAUUAUUAUUAUUAUUAUUGUUAUUAUUUUUUUAAGUGACAUCUUUAUUUUAAUUAUACUGAUGCUCUGUUUUUGUGCCCACUCCUCUCCCCACAAUGAGCCUGCAAGGCUUCCUGCAAAUGCAAUUUUUUUUAAAGUAUCUGUUAUUUUUAAGUUAAAUAUGUAUUGACUGUUUAUUCAUGUCAUAUUAGUGACAAUAGGUCUGGUCAUUAAUCAUGAACUGAAAGUACUUUUUAAGUAAGCGUAGAGUAGCAUCAACGACGUAUUUCUUUUCCAAUGAGCUGAAGUGUUUGAGCAAUCAACUUUACAAUUGUAAAAUAAUAAUGGAAAUAACCAUGAUGGCAGGGAAUAGCCCAGAAUUGAAAUAGCAAAAAAAGAAAGAAGUUAUUGUCUGUUACAAGGUUAAAAGUAUUACUCAGGAAAAAGUGGAAAAGAAGAAGCAUAUGAGGUGCAGUGAGCCCUCUUCAGUGUCAGUUUGCGAAUUCAAAGAGGAUUUUUCUUAUGUUUUGUUACUUGUUGAAUGAGUGUGACAUAAACAGACUGCUGCCAGCUCACUUGAACACUGAAAACACUUUCUACUUGGCUAUAUAGAGAUUAUGGUACUUUCGUGUCAAUGUGAAACUCAUGUUUUCUUCAAUAAGGGCCAUAUAUAUAUCUAUAUAUAUUUAUAAGAAUAUAUAUUAUGUAAAAUAACAGAUUUAAUCAUUCUGGGGAACUGCCAGUUGAAGUAGAGGGAGAAUGAGGGCUGUUUCAGGGGGGUAAAUGUUGUCCUUGUUAUAUUUUUGGAGAACAAAAGUGAUGUUAGGGCUUUUCUUUGGCCGAUAGAGGAUGCUGUUGGACAGCGAUAGAAUGGCCUUCCCCUUAUCCCGCCUUUGUCGUCUUCCUCAUUUCUCUUAUGUCUUUAAAAGAAUCCAAUUAGCACUUUGAGCCGUUUUCUUACAUUGUGUAAAGUACCCCGUCACAUCAAGGAAGCUCAAACGUCAGGAAUGGACUGGCUUUUUGAAAGAGACAUGUUGCUGUUUGGGCAUAUGCAGAUGGGGUUUUCUUGGGGCUGUAUGAUGGGAAUACCCUUUGUUUGGGUAGCAUGGUUUAUACGGAAUGGGAGGGAUUUGGGGUGGGGAGGGGGGGCAUGGUUGAUAUGUGAA